ACCCGGAAAACAGGGCCCUCCUGUCUCAGCCCCUUCAAUUCAUGUCCCUCAAAAGACAAUCACUGCAAAUGUGAGUGACACCACAUGGCUGCCAUGUGUUGCUAAGGGCAACCCAGCUCCAAAGGUCACGUGGGUAAAACUGAAUGGAAUUUUUUCUAAAAGACGUCACAAGGUUCAUGUCAGUGGGCUGUCAAGAUGUGACAUCAUAUGAUGGAGGAAUCUACUCCUGCGAGGCAAGAAGUGCCUUGGGUGUGGCACAAGCUAAUGUUACAUUGAUUGUACAAGUUCCUCCAAGGAUAGUACACAUAACCAGUUCACAGAUAGUCGAGGAAGGAGCUAAUGUUACUUUAAGAUGCCUGACAUCACAUUGGUCUACUGUUUCCUGGUCCAAGCCAUAUGGAAAAAUCCCGAAAAGUCAAAGCACAAAAAAAGAAGCAAAGUUGAUUAUAUCAGGAAUAAAAAUGGAAGAUAGUGGAGAUUAUGUCUGUCAAGCUGAAAACAUUUUGGGAAAAAACACCAAAGUGACACAGAUAACAGUAGUUGGGGCACUGAGAUUUGAAGUAAAACCAGUUUUAACAAAUUUCCCAACUAUUGGCAGCCGUGUGGUCAUUAACUGUAAAGUUGUCGGUGCAUUGGUAACUCAGUGGAAGAAAGGCAAUGAAUCUUUGUCAGAGUUUAUUUCCAUUUUUCCAAAUGGAACCCUGGUAAUACCUAAGCUCAGAAACACAGAUUUAGGAGUGUACAUUUUAACAGCUAGAAAUUUUCAGCGUGCAAUCACAGCUCAAGUACAAAUUGGCUACGCAUCCUGUAGUGAGAUAAAGAAAACAAUUCCACUGUUGUUGUCUGGUAAAUACACAAUCAGUCCUGGUGGCUUAUCAUCUUUUAGUGUGUACUGUGACAUGACUGACAAGGGUGGGGUGGGGGUGACUGUCGUCAGUCAUGAUAGUGAGGCUAGGACCUUAGUCAAUGGUUUUGAAGGUGUAGGUUCAUACAGACGGGACAUUCACUAUGCAGGAAUAACUAUGAAUCAGGUAGCUGCACUAACUAAGGCUUCACGAAGCUGUGAGCAAUUUUUAAGCUUUGAGUGCCAAGGGGAUGUAGCAUUUAUAGCAGACGGUUAUGGGUGGUGGAUGUCACGUGAUAAUGUGAGACAAAACUACUGGGGUGGGGCUACCCCUGGAAGUGGCAAGUGUGCAUGUGGUAUGACCAAUUCAUGCCAGCGUCGGCCAGGUUAUUGUAACUGUAAUAAUGUUGGUAGUCAUAGUGAAUGGCACAGUGAUAGUGGAUUACUGACUGAUAAAUCUACUCUACCUGUGACUCAGUUAAGGUUUGGAGAUACAGGUGACUCAAGUGAGAAAGGUUACCACACCCUAGGAAGACUUAAAUGUUAUGGAACCUUGUAAUCCUCCUGUACAUUAAUACUACUUCUGAUGUGGCAACAUCCAUUUUUUUGGGCUGGUGGAUUUGAAUCUCUGAUUGGGGGAGAACAUUCAGUCAAACCCCAAUGUGCAGUAAACUUGUCGACAUGACAAAUAUUUAAUCUGUGGGGUUUUCUGCAUAUAAUACAUUAUUACAAUUAUCAUAUCAAGUUUAUUCCAAGUCAUGACAGAGAUUGAAAUGUUUGCUUUUUUUUUGAAAGAAGAAUGAAAUCUUCCUUUUUAGAUUGAAAAAUGAAUAAAAAGCAAUCAACAACCCAA